AUGUCUGGAAUUGAAUUCAAGCCAAUUGUACCAAAGAGUGUACCUACUGCGCGUUCUGCGAAAACUUCGGAAAACAUAUGGUGGAAGUCAUUCCGAAACAUAAAUGAAACAAAACUGAGUGGUCCUGUAAAUCAUAUUUCGUUCUCUCCCCUAUCGCCGUACCACUUCGCUGUUUCCUCUGGAACCAAUGUCAUUUUAUUCUCCGGCGAAACGCGUCAGAAGAUCAAGAGCUUCUCUCGCUUCAUGGAUAUCGCGUAUUCCGGCAAUUUCCGUCACGACGGGAAGCUUCUGACGGCGGGCGACGAGAAGGGCAACAUCAAGCUGUUCGACGUGGAGACGAAGACGAUGCUGCGCCAGGCGCAGCCUCACAGCUCUGCGGUGCACGCGGUGGACUUUUUCUCGACGACGCAGCUGCUUUCCGGGAGCGACGACAAGACGAUCUGUCUGUACGACAUCCCUACGAACAUGGUGGUGAACACGUACGAGGGCCACACGGACUACGUGCGCGCGCUGAGCGUGGCGUCCACGCAGAGCGACUGCUUCCUGAGCGGGGGUUUCGACGGCUGCGUGAAGCUGUGGGACCGCCGCGUGGCCCCCUCGGAGGCGUGCGUGCUGUCCCUGGCGACGCCUCACGCGGUGGGCUGCGUGCUGCAGCUCAGCGCGUCGGUGGUCGUGGCCGCCAGCGAGGCGGAGCUGCACGUUUUCGACCUGCUCAACAGCGGAAAGUCCAGAAAUCGGGGCGAUUUCAGGCGUAGAGAGCUGGCGACGCUGAACUACCACCAGAAGCAGGUCACGUGUCUGGCGUCGUAUCGCAGCGAUUCGUUCCCGGCCCCGCGGUUUUUGUCGGCCUCGCUGGACGGCUCGGUGCGCGUGGUGGAUCCCACGACCUUCAAAGUCACCCACAACUUCAAGUUCCCCGACCCCGUUCUCUCCGUCGCCGUUUCCGUACUUCCCCGCGGGACUGUCAAGCCUAGCCCUCCAACGUCAUGGCCGUCGGCACUUCCGCGGGAAUCCUGUCCACGCGGGUGCGGGAGCACGUGGAGAAGGCGGAGGAAACGCCCGCGCUGGCGCCCGGCGCGCUGCUGGCGCGUGUGGUGUACCGGAGCAAACGCGUGGACCCCGAGCUGGAGGCGAAGAAGGUGGAGAUAA